AUGGCUAAAUUAAUUGGUCAUGGAGGUGUGGUCGGCAAGGAGAAGAUGAGGAAAAAGAACAUCUAUAUCAGAGGAGACUUCAUUGGAUAUUUAUACCGUCAUACAAUGACAUUCACAAAACACUUCAGGAUAUUCCAUUUCAUAUUAUUGUUGAUUGGUUCAGGAUUUCUCUACAAAAUCAUCUAUCAAAGGACCGAUGUUUCCUACUUGUCCUAUAUCUUUACAACAGACCUUUUUCAAGAAGAUCUCUUAAAUCAGGGAGAUGGCAUCAUUUUUCUGGAGACUACUGACACAAUGAAACCAAAACCUUUGGUUUUAUGCUCUAUUGAAUCAGCAGCUCGUGUAUAUCACAAUAGGCCAAUAGUCUUCUUUAUGAAAGGAUUAGAAAAAGUAGAGUCAAAUGUUGAUGAGAAAAACACACUAAGAUAUUUUCCAACCCUAUCUUCUCUGGAUAACAUCUUUAUUUUCCCUCUGAUAUUCAAUGAUAUUUUUAACAGCACCCCAUUUCUUCCAUGGUAUAACAAGACUAAUCCCAAGCAAGAAAAUUACUGGAUCCAUACUGUCGCAGACAGCUGUAGGUUGGCACUUAUCUGGAAAUAUGGCGGCAUUUAUAUGGAUACAGACAUCAUAUCUAUUCAACCUAUCCCACAACAGAAUUUUUUGGCAGCAGAGCACUCUGCGCUUUCAAGCAAUGGUGUUUUUGGAUUUUCUUCCCAGCAUAAUUUUACAUGGAUGUGCAUGGAAGAUUUUGUUCAGAAUUAUAACGGUAAAAUAUGGGGAUUUCAAGGACCACAUCUCUUUACCCGGGUUUUAAAAAAAUGGUGUUCUUUACAAAAUUUUAAAGGCAUAGAAGAUAUCAGUUGUGGGAACAUUUCUUACUUGAACCCUCAAAGAUUUUACCCUAUUCCAUAUAUAUCUUGGAGAAAGUAUUAUGAAGUGUGGAAAAAAUUGCCAACUUUCAAUUACUCUUAUGCUCUCCACUUAUGGAACUACAUGAACAACGAUGAGCAAAGAACUAUGGUUCCUGGUAGUAAUAUGUUGGUGGAGCAUCUCUACAAACAGCAUUGUCCUUCAACAUAUGGAGCUAUUCAAAGAAAUGAAAGCCUUUACCUAUAG